AUGGACGCAGAAGUAGAUUUCUACGAGCUUUUAGGCCUUGAAGUCACUGCCACAACAAAGGAAAUCAAGAAUGCUUACCGCAGAAAGGCGCUCAAGGUACAUCCAGAUAAGAAUCCCAGUCCAGAUGCAGCCGUGCUCUUUCAUGCCUUGACACAAGCACAAGAUUUGCUGUUGGAUCCGAAAAAGAGAAGCGAAUAUGACCAAAAACACAGAACCCGUCAAGAAAGACAAAAGAAGAAGCAAGAGAUGGACUCAAAGCGAAGACACGCACAAGAUGAAUUGGAGAGAAGGGAGCAAGAGGCGAAACGAGCAAAAACAGAUCAAAAUCAAGCAAAAGCAGAAUACGAAGCUCAACUUGCAAAACUGCGUGAGGAAGGUGCAAAGAGGCGACAAGAGGAUUGGGCUUCUCCUGCUACUGAAGGGUCAACAACGCAAGAGCCAGUGCCUCAUGCAGAAACAGAACUAGGCGCUCUCAAGAUCAAAUGGAAGUACAAAAAGUACAAUUUCUUAGAGCAGGAUUUGUUGGACAUAUUGAACCCAAUUGCAGAGGUGGAUUCGCUUGCAUUAUCGUCGAAAAAGAAGGGGAGCGCUUCCGUGCUAUUCAAGUCUGUGGUGGAUGCUUACAAUGUCAUGACGAAAAAAGAGACACAUCCCUCACUAUCACAGUUUGAGAGCAUUACUUGGUUGACUGGUAAACCGCCUUCGAUUGUUGAAAAGAUGACUCGAGCAGAGGAAAUGAAAAAGGAGGCCCGUGCUGCACUGUUUAGCACAAACAAUAGGUCGACUGCGGCAACAGGAACACCUUUAUUCACCACGGGAUCACAGUCUUCGUUUUUCAAAACCUUUCAUAUACCCUCCAACUUGAAGGGCUCCAUGUCGUCCAAGAUGUCUGAUGAUGAUUACGAGUCGAUUACUUUGAUGAAGAUGAGACAGGCUGAAAGAGACCGUGUUUUAGCGAUACAGCACCAACAGCAACAUCAACAGCAGCAGAGUGCACAGUAA